AUGGGAAAGCAUAGUUUCAAGCUAUCGGAGAUGAUGCCUAACGCAUGGUUACACAAGUUGAGAGACAUGAGUAAACUCCCAACUCACAACAAAAACAUGCCUUCUUCAACCAAGUCUUUUUACUCUACUUGGGACACCACUAAUCCCAAUCUCAUCGACAAUCGCUACCCGCCCACCAACAAACGAAGAGCCGUCUACAUGCCAUCUCCCACAAAAAUCGCCCCUUCCUCGCAUCAGCCUGGCCCUAUUCGGGGUGACCUCACCUCUCUUGGCAGGAUGGACUCCUCGGAGUCCUCCCAGUCAAGUUUCCACUACAAUGACUCCCUCAGUGGCCCCCACCAUUCAUACUUGAACUCGUGUGACAUCAUCAUUGAUGUUGAUGACAUGUCUUACGACUCUACCACAUGCACCGAUACCCUCACGAAAUUCAAUGUGGUAUCAGAGUUGGCCAUCCAGACUACGCCACCAGGGAAACACGAGCGUGUUUCCCUGGAAGGGUCUGUUAUGUUCCGUGACACGUCACUCAAAUCUCCGUUGGACAAGCCGAGAAGGAGCCGGAAGUCCUUCUCCGGCGGAGUGAAAAUAAGCCGGAAAGUCGGCGGGAAGAAGCCGGAAGGCCGGCGGCCGAGAAAGCCGGAGGAGGAGAGGAAGAAGGGGAUUUUAUUCACGGAGAGCUUCGCCAUUGUGAAAGCUUCAUUCGAUCCAGAAAAUGAUUUCAAGGAAUCGAUGAUGGAAAUGAUCGUUGAGAAUAAAAUCAGAGCAUCUAAAGAAUUGGAAGAGCUUCUUGCUUGCUAUCUCUCACUAAAUCCAAAUCAAUAUCAUGAUACGAUCAUCAAGGCGUUUCAGCAAAUCUGGUUCAGCAUGGCUUAA